GUCGCUAGCUUGUGUCGCUCCAAAGCACACUGCUAGUGCUACUGUUGCCUGCCAGUGGUGGUCUACCCUCUUCAGCUUCUCCUGCAGGGGACUGUGUCGCAUAUUUCCCCUCAAUCUGCUGCUUGUCAGCACUUGGACAGACAAGGACGGUAAGACGUCCAGCUUCGACUGUAAGAACCUAUGUGCCUGAGAGUCUGACACGUGUCUGUUCAAUGGCUACCUCAGGCUCCACCUCUUCUGCUUCCAUCACCGCCGCUGUGCCUGAGGGUUUCCAUUAUGAAACCAAGUACAUUGUGCUCAACUACCUGGGAAUGCUGCCUGCUUGUAGAUCACAGGCACUGACCACGGCUCAAGGAGAGGCCCAGAGUGCGAGAGAGAGGACCACAAUGAUAAAAGGACAGAUAGAGGAAGAACUGAGACAACUGGAAGAUGAAAUCGCUGCCUCCUUUUCCACUACAGGCUUUGACCAGCACACAUCGCUGGUGUUCAAUCCGGCCAACCCAGAGACCUCCAUCGAAGACUGCCUUGCUGCAGCGGGUGACCGGGUGGCCAGAGAGCUUGACACACACCUGGCAGCAGCUGUACACACACUCCUCACAGGGCCGCUGGACUACCAGAAAUUUAGAGACACAACAGUGGAUCUCUCAGCACACACACGUGGAGGCUGGGACAAGGUGCUAGUGCCUUUGGUCCUGCUCCAGGCUUUGCAAAGUGAGGGCCAGGCAUUGUCAACUCUGUUGCAUCUGGGGUUGCGCUUCCUAGAGGAGGAUGCAGCUGACUGCAUCAUCCAGCAAGGGGGAUGGAGUGAAAUAUUCAGCCUUGAGUCAGAGGAGGAGCAAGGUGCGACCAUCGCUGAAGACAGCAACGACAUUUACAUCCUCUCAGGGGAGCAGCAUCCUGACCAGCUCAGCCCCCCCUCCUCGCUGAUCUGCACUGGAGACAACAGCAGUGAGCAGAGCUCCUGGCAGACGGAAAGCUUACCUGUGUCUCUGGCUGGCCACGAGUCUUGGGCACAGGUUUGUGCGAUGGACCCUGAAGACGUCAAGAGCCUGGACAGCAAUGAGGGCGUAGCUCUGGCUGAGGAGCGCAGCGAAAACAACUCCUCAAAUUCGGACAUUGUCCACGUGGAGCGCGAGGACGCCGAGCUGCUCGAGGAAGGCGGCGAAGUGGGAGCAAUAGAAGACAGCAUGAUGAGUGUUUUAGGCACCGAGAGCGAGCUGGCCGAGCUCAGGGAAGAAUUUAGGGACCAGACUCCACCUGUUCCAGACUCCACAGCCCCGGCCUCCCUGCUUUCAUUAGAGGAACCAGUUGUAAUAGAGACGCCUGCAAUGUUGUCGGCAGAGCCUUCUCUCACCACCUCAGAACCAGAGCUGCUUCCCCUGCUCCCAGAAGCUGCUGCUCCCCCUCCCUCUGAGCCAGAACCUGCAGCACCCUUAUCUGUUCCUGCAGUAGAACCAGAGACUGAGCCACAACCAGCUGCUACCACUGCCCCAGUGCCUGCCGAGGUGGCACCCCCAUCUCUGGCCAAGGAAACCCCGGCAGCACCAAUAGAGCCGGAAGUCACCUCAGAACCACCUCCUGAACCAGAACAGGAGCCGGAGCCCUUCACAGUGCCUCCCCAGCCAGAACCAGAGACCGUGGCAGAGCCAGCGGCCCUGCUGGCUGCACCCCCGAUCCUAGAGCCCCCUGUAGAAGCCCCAGCUGAGGAGCCCCCAGUGCAGCCAGAAUCAGAGCUCUCAGCGCUGCUUUAUGGAGGAGCUGCACUGGUGGCCCUCGCUGCUGUUAUGGCAUACGGUGUCAUAAGCUACAGGAGGAAGUAAAGAAGUAUCUUUCUCAGGGGAGGCACAAACACAAGAUGUUACGGUAGAAAUAAAUGUAUUAGUAUACACAUGGUGAGACUCUCCUUACAAAUAGUGAUGGAUUUAUGAAAUGGGGAAGUUUUUGUUUUAAUCUGCUAUGCUUUUGAAAAAUUUAAAAUCGCUGAACCCCCCCCCCCCCCAACAAACAAGACCCCACAACCCCCACACCUUACUGCUGGGAGUCCUGGCCGCUUCACAGCACCAGGUGCAAACACAGAAAGGGGAUCACUCCACUUAUUUUUUUAUGUUUUUUCUCUCUUUUAAGCAUUUUGGGUUAACUUGCAACUGUGUGUUCAAACUCCAGCCCUUCAUCUCCUACAUUGGAAAGUGUGUGUGGACUUUCAUCCCUGUUCUGCUACUUUUGGUUUCUGUUGUGUCUGUGGCACACAGUUAGUUGUGCAAUUUGAGUCAGUGUACCACGAUGGAAAGUUCACUGGCAACACCCCAAUAGCUAGAGUAAACCUCAAAUCCCACAUUUACUGUUGCCGUGUGGCUCAAGGUUUUCUAGCUUUCUAUCUUUCGCAGUUAUUUAUAUUUUCCUCCUCUAACUGUGAGUGAGUCUGCUACUUUCUCUGAUAAAUAGAACACGUAUAUUAUGCUGAUGAUAUGGAAAUGAAACCAGCAAUUUGAUUUUAAGUGUCAGUUUGAAACUACUUCUGACACAGAACAGACACACAAGGUUAGAUUUAGGUUGCGUCUUUGCAAACUGCACAAGGGAUUUGUAUCAUUUCACAUGCGUGUAUAAAACCAUUAAAGAUUUUGCCCAAGAAUGGAAGAAAGUAUUUUCAUGUGUCCUAAGUUACAGUACUGCUGCUGCAUUUUGUAGAAAUGAUGCAUCCAGCAUGCUGAUAUACUUCAAGGUCCCUAGUCAGUAUGUUAAUCUGAAUACACUGUGAAGGCGCGAAAGGAGAGCAUAAUAUACAGCGAGCGGGUCAUUAUUCUGACUCUGUAGCCUUCUUAGGACUAGCUUAACUAUAAUCCACAUUUAACUGAACAUUUCCAUUGAUGGUGAAGUGAGACAAGGUGAAUGGAACUUUAGGAACAUUGGUGUUGACGUUUCUGUCUUUGUUUGCUUCUUGCCAGGGCUGUAAAAGUUGAAACACCCGAAAUCACAAAUACAUUUAAAUAUGCAAUGCAAUAUUCUUGUUGCAAUGGAUUUCCCCAUUUUAUUCAUACAGUAGGUGUCAUAUGGUGCUUUAAAAGAUACCUGAUUGUUGAGUUGGCUACAUCGAAGUACUUGUGUAAACUGCUCUAUACUGUGCUUGCAUUGGCGAAACAUGAACGUGUCAGCCGCUGCCAAAGUAAAUGCUCCAUAUUUGUAUAGCACCUUUAGGCUUUUUGAUCUCUCAAAGCGCUUUUACACUACAUCUGCAUUCACACACUGGCAGAACAGCCACCAGUGGCAAUUCAGGCAUGAAUCCCGAGCCACAGCCGCCCCCAGUUUUCGUUCCUGUCUUCAGUCUUCCUGCCAGAUGUCUUCAAUCCCCUAUAUUUUUAUAUUACUGCAUAUAAUGUACCUGACUUGUGCCACAGCUCUCCAAUGACAACUGCAUCGGUUGCAAGUUUGUCCAGUUAGGAUUAGAGUAGAAUGAGGCGGUAAGCCACUGUGAGGUAUUAAAGGCAAAAAUGUUUUUCAGUGACAGUAAACUGAAACAAAAGUUCAUAUAGAUGCACUCAACCUCUUUCGUUGCUAUGAAAUGAUAUUUUUGCAUGAAUGUAGCACCCAGCUAGCAAAACACAGUCAAGUGCAGGAGUUCUUAAACAGAAAAUGUGAAACACACACACACCUAGAGAGAAUUGUGGGAAAUUGUAUCUCUGACAAAUGAUGAAUGGCUGUUAAAACAUGGUGUUGGACAGGAAGGAUGUUUCCAUGCAAGUUGGUCAGCAUUACACACAGUAAUACUCCUACUCGUAACUAUUCCUGCUUUCAAAGGGAAAUUGUUAAAGUGCAGAGCAGGACUCAUGUCAAAAGGACCCAAACAUGACACUUUGUACCAUAGUUUCCUACAAUACACUGUUUGAGAUGAGAACAAUAAAACCAUGUUUGAGAUCCUU